CCGCGUCGGGAGCGCGCGGCGGCGGCAGCAGAACCAGCCCUGUCAAAUCACACCGGAGCAGAGAAAUCCCUCCGAGGAACUUUUUUAACUUUACUUUACUUUGGAACGCGUGGAACGUGCGGGGCUCUGCGGGGAACCGACGCGGGAGGAAGCGGCCGGCGGGGAUUCUGAGAGUUACGGAGGAGAAGGAGACGGGUUCCUGUCCCCGCGUAAGGACCCUGACGACCCGGGACCCAGCCGCUGGUCCCCUUGGUCCGGACGUGAGGACCCUGACGACCCAGGGUCCAGCCCCUGGUCCCCUCGGUCUGGACGUGAGGACCCUGGCGACCCGGGACCCAGCCCCUGGUCCCCUCGGUCUGGACGUAAGGACCUGGGACCCAGCCCCUGGUCUCCUCGGUCUGGACGUGAGGACCCUGGCGACCCGGGACCCAGCCCCUGGUCCCCUCGGUCUGGACGUGAGGACCCUGGCGACCCGGGACCCAGCCCCUGGUCCCCUCGGCACCAUGCUGCCGAGCACGGCGCUUUACGCGGCCAAGAAGCGAAAGAAGCCCGUUCAGAAAAUCCCCAAACCUCCACCUCCCGAUGGCAUCAAGUCCAACCCGUCCAAACGCCACCGCGACCGGCUCAACGGCGAGCUGGACAAGCUCACCAGCCUGCUGCCCUUCACCGAGGAGGUCAGGGCUCGGCUGGACAAGCUGUCCGUCCUGCGCCUCAGCGUCGGCUACCUGAAGGUCAAGAGCUUCUUCAAUGCCACCAUGAAGAAAAGCCAGGGCGGCUCCAGCUGGACGAGUGACGGGAACCUGAUGUUUGGGGGGAAAGUCCAGAAUGCUCUGACUCCAGCCUCCACGACCAUCUCCUCCUCCUCCUCCUCCUCCACGCCCUACUGCUCCCAGAUGACCUCCAUGGACGGAGUCAGCUUCUCCGAGGGCGACCUGCUGCUCCAGGCGCUGAGCGGCUUCGUGCUGGUGGCGACGGCUGAAGGUUACGUCUUCUACAUGUCCCCGACCAUCCAGGACUUCCUCGGCUUCCACCAGUCGGACGUGGUCCAUCAGAGCGUCUUCGAGUUGAUCCACACGGACGACCGAGCUCUGUUCAGACGACAGCUUCACUUCGCCCUCAAGCCCAACGCCAGCCAAUCGGACAGCGGCGCCGACAGUCCCAGUGAGAACUCUGCAGAGAUCACCACCGGCGUGAUGACCUACGACCCCCAGGCCAUCCCGCCAGAGAACUCCUCCUUCCUGGAGAGGAACUUCUGCUGCCGGUUCCGCUGCCUCCUCGACAACUCCUCCGGCUUCCUGGCCCUGAACUUCCGCGGCCGCCUGAAGUUCCUCCACGGUCAGAACCGAGUGUCGGAGAACGGGACUCUGGUGCCCCCGCAGCUCGCUCUGUUCGCCAUCGCCACGCCGCUGCAGCCGCCGUCCAUCCUGGAGAUCCGCAGCAAGACGCUCAUUUUCCAGUCCAAGCACCAGCUUGACUUCACACCCAUGGGCAUCGACCCCAGGGGUAAAGUGGUGUUAGGAUACAGUGAGACAGAGCUGUGCACCAGGGGCUCAGGCUACCACUUCAUCCACGCUGCAGACAUGAUGUACUGCGCUGAUAACCACAUAAAAAUGAUAAAAACCGGAGAAAGCGGCUUCACCGUCUUCAGACUGCUGAAGAAAACUGGGGUGUGGGUGUGGGUCCAGGCCAACGCCAGGCUGGUGUUCAAAGGAGCGAAACCGGACUUUAUCAUCGCCCGGCAGAGAGCUCUGACAAAUGAAGAAGGAGAAGAACAGCUGCGUAAACGACGCCUGCAGCUGCCGUUCAGCUUCACCACCGGGGAGGCGCUGCUGUACGACAACACCCCGACCGUGGACAUGCCCGACAUGCCCGACAUGCGCUCCACCCCGAAGCAGAGGAAAAUGGACGAGUUCUCCGUCAGCCCCAACUCCAUGCUGGGCUGCAUCCUGAGGCAGGACCAGUCCGUCUACUGUGAACACAACAGCAUCACAAUGAGCUCCCUCAACGACGCCGCCUUCAAGGACACGCACGCCACCGUCAGCGUGCCCGGAGACAUCUGGCCGCACGCUUCACCCAAACCUGCGGGGAAUCUGGUGAAGUCGGAGGCCAUGGUUCAGGACAUGAUGGAGACGCUGCAGCAGAUCCUCGGGGACGGCAACGUGAUCGGCACGCUGGACGUGGAGCCGGAGGAGAUCAAGAGCUGGGAGACCAUGCUGCUGAGGAUGAGCUCCAACACGUCCGAGAUGAGCGAGGACCUGAACGACAUCCUCAACAACGACAUCCUGUCGUACGUGGAGGAGCAGCUGCAGAAGGAGGGCGGGUUCAAGCUGCCGGGUCAGCUGGACCUCCCAGCCUCCCUCUCCGCCCUGGACCACCCGAUCCAGAACCCCAGCCCGGCUGUGGAGCAGAACUUCGGAUGGCCCCUGGAGCCUCAGAGCCAGCUGAUCUCAAACGGAGGUCCGAUGAUGAACGGACAAACGGCGCCGGUCCUGGAGACGAUGAAACUCACCCACAUGGAUCUCCCUCAGUUGGGGUCUUCUGCUUUAAACGGCCCCACCCUCCAGCAGAUCGCCUCCCAGCAGAUGCUCCCCACCGCUGUCGGCCUCGGCAUGGUCGGCGCCCCGGUGACCUUCAACCCCUCGCUGGCCGACUCUUGUGUUCAGACACACAACGAACUGAGGAGCUUCCAAGUCGCUGCCAAGGAGAACAACCUGGGAGCGUUCAGGCAGACCAAUCAGCUUCACCCGAACCAAGUGCCGAACCACGUUCAGAUGAUGAUGCCCGGCGCGCCCAUCGGCCUCCAGGACCAAAGCGGAGACGGACAGUUAAACCCUGUGUUCAACUUUCAGGGAAACCGAUGGAACUCCUCCGUCCAAAACUCCAACCAAGUCAACCACUUUGCUCAGAGUUACACCCAGAAUAUUUCAGUGGAACCCGGUUUCCCUGCAGGUGCCCCCCCGUCCAGCUGCCUGCAGGGACACUUUGCACUUCACACACACAGCAGUGAGAAUCAGAGACAGUCUUGGCAGCAGCUCUUGGAGCAGCAGCAGCUCUUGUCCGGUGGACGCCAGCAAAUGGGCGCCGGCCUCAACCACAUGUCAGGACUUCAGAGGAAUCCGCCACAAACCACUGUCAACGGCAGACCCGUGUUCAGGAGUCCCGAGACCCCCCCUGUACCGUUUGCUGUUCAGCAGAACCUGGAGCCGCCUCCUCUGGCCCCUUCCAGCAGUUGUAUGUUCGGUAACGCCCCCGUGUCUGUGCCUGUGAACGGCCUGCCCCUCGGUCAGGUGAGCGCCUGCAAGCAGAUGAACGCGACCGGCAACAACCAGAUCCUCUCCCAUCCCGCCUGUUUCUACCAGGGAGGAGGCUCGGUGCUGGGCAUGCCGGCGUUACCAAACCCCGGUGAGGCGCCGCUGUCCUGCCAAGUGCCCGGCAGCCUGGACCUGAACGGCCUGUUGGUGCAGCAGCAGCAGUAUCUCAACUUCAGCGAACAGACGCAGAUCAACAGCCGUCCAGUCCUCGGGAACAAAGGGUUCCCGUUCCCCUCGCUGCCCGACGACACCUUGUACUACUCCGAGAACAAAUAGGGCCGAGGGGAAAACAAAAAGACUCCUGUCUCUAAACAUGAAACGGAAUAGACUGAAGAACAGAAACGUGCCCCUGAAAAGGAUGAGGAGAGAAAACAGGACACGUCCCCCUCUCUCUUUUUCUUUCUUCUCCCAAUUAGGACCGAGUGAUGAAAGCUUUAAAAAUGCAAGUUUGUCUGAGGACGUCUGGUUUGUGGUCGAGGAGGAGGAGACGUCUCAAGAGGAAGGAGGAGAGUUUGUUUUCGUGGAAGAAGAGUGAACUCUUUUCUUGGAGCUGAUUGGAUUGUACCAAAAAAAACUUCAUCAGUGAUUUGUUUUGUGCAAAGUUUGAGAAAUAGUACUUUUGGCAAAACACUGACACAGGAUUGGCUGCAGCUCAGCUGGUGUCAGCCAAUCACCACACAGCACUUCUGAAUCGUCCCACUUGUCCUCAGUGUUGACCAAUGAGACAAUAACUUCAGUAAUUUCACUGUGGUGGAGAAAAAAAGCAGCGAAUUCUGCCGAGUGAACAGCGGGUGGUGUCUCUCCACAAGGGGGCAGCAGUGAGCCCCUUCUACUCUCUGUGCAAAUUGGAGAUGUUUAAAGAUGAGAAAAGACUCAAAGGAGGAUUAAGAACUGGUUGCUUUGGGCGAAUGUUUCUCCGGUCCGGUCCCUGAGCUUCACUGUCCCUCACACAGUGGAUCAAAUCAACAACGUGGAGUCCGAGGCCGGACCCUGAGACCACCUCCUGCUCUUCCUCUUUUCUACUCUCUCAGAAGGAUGAAAUGUGUUGACGUCUUCUUGUUUUGCUGUUUUUCAAAUUGCGUCUCGAUUAAGUUCAUUUCAACUCUUAACUGUCCCACUGAGGGAGAUUUGCUUUGCAGACAGGGUAUGUAUAAAUAUAUAUAUAUAUAUACAUAUACAUAUAUAUAUAUAUAAAAAAAAGAAAAAAGAAACGCACAACAAAAUCACAGCAUCAUCCUACUAACAGACCGUUUUUUAAAAAGAUGAUUGAGUGAAACCAGCUGAUUUUUUAAAAGCAGUCGGAGCUUU